AUGAACGGCUCGGCGGCGGCGGCGGCGGGCGGCACGGCGGCGGCGGGGCUGCUGGCGGGCGCCGGGAGCGCGGCGCUGGAGCUGGAGCGGGCGCUGCGCUGCUGCACCGCCGCCUCCGUGGUCACCGACGGCGGCGGGGCGGCGGCGGCGGCGGCGGCGGACGAGCGGAGCCUCUACAUCAUGCGGGUGGUGCAGAUCGCCGUCAUGUGCGUCCUGGCCCUCACCGUCGUCUUCGGCAUCUUCUUCCUCGGCUGCAACCUGCUCAUCAAGUCCGAGGGCAUGAUCAACUUUCUGGUGAAGGACCGCCGCCCGUCCAAGGAGGUGGAGGCGGUCGUGGUGGGGCCCUACUGACCGCCCCGGCCCCGCCGCGCACCCGCCGCGCACCCGCCGCGCCCUGCCGC